AUGAUCAGCACAGUACUCCGCCGAUCUUUCCUUGGUGCGGCGAGGCGGACUCAGACUAUCUCCGCCUCUCUGACCUCCAUUAAUGCCGCUCUAUUUCACCAUCUUACUCCAGCCGCCGCCACAGUCUCCGAUCUAGCAUUAAAUGGACCUGAAAAUGCUAAGCCUAGCUCCGCCCUCCCUCAGACUUCAAAUCCUUUUGGUGUUAAAGCGAGGGACUUUCAUUUUCAAUCUGGACCGUCCGAGUUCAGAGCAUCGAUGGUUUCUCCUGCCGGAUUCGCCGCUCAUGAUUACGCCGCUUCGUAUGAGAGUAACGAAGGGGGAGAUUCGGAGAGUGUUGGCAGCAACAGUGGCGGCGAUGGGUUAGCGAUAUCUGAGCUUGGGAUAUCUCCGGAGAUUGUCAAAGCUUUGAGUGGUAGAGGAAUCGAUAAACUCUUUCCUAUUCAGAAAGCUGUUCUUGAGCCAGCGAUGCAAGGUCGAGACAUGAUCGGUCGUGCUAGAACAGGAACAGGAAAGACGCUUGCUUUUGGGAUUCCAAUCAUCGACAAGAUCAUCAAAUUCAACGCUAAACAUGGGCGUGGGAAGAAUCCUCUCUGUUUGGUUCUGGCUCCAACAAGAGAGCUUGCUCGUCAGGUUGAGAAGGAGUUUAGGGAAUCUGCUCCAAGCUUGGAUUCUAUUUGUCUCUAUGGAGGUACACCGAUCGGUCAGCAAAUGAGGGAGCUUAACUAUGGUGUUGAUGUAGCUGUUGGCACUCCAGGUCGUAUCAUUGAUCUGAUGAAAAGAGGAGCUUUGAAUCUAUCGGAGGUUCAGUUUGUGGUUCUUGAUGAAGCUGAUCAGAUGCUUCAGGUUGGGUUCGCGGAGGAUGUCGAAGUGAUAUUGGAAAAGUUGCCUGAGAAGCGUCAGAGCAUGAUGUUCUCUGCAACGAUGCCGAGUUGGAUCAGAUCACUCACCAAAAAGCACCUGAACAAUCCUUUGACGAUUGAUCUUGUUGGAGAUUCUGAUCAGAAACUUGCAGAUGGAAUCACGAUGUUCUCCAUCUCAGCAGAUUCUUAUGGAAAAGCAUCCAUUAUUGGUCCCCUUGUACAGGAGCACGGUAAAGGAGGAAAAUGCAUCGUUUUUACACAAACAAAACGUGAUGCUGAUCGCCUUGCGUACGGGUUGGCGAAAAGCUUCAAAUGCGAAGCUUUACACGGUGACAUAUCUCAGAGUCAGAGAGAGAGAACACUUGCUGGUUUCAGGGAUGGAAAUUUCAAUAUCCUUGUUGCAACUGAUGUUGCUGCACGUGGACUCGAUGUACCUAAUGUUGAUUUGGUGAUUCAUUAUGAGCUUCCUAACAACACCGAGACGUUUGUUCACCGAACGGGGAGAACAGGUCGUGCUGGAAAGAAAGGAAAUGCUAUUCUCAUCCACGGUCCAGAGCAGUCCAGGGCUGUAAAAAUGAUUGAGAGAGAAGUCGGAAGCAAAUUCACUGAGCUUCCUAGCAUUGCUGUGGAACGCGGCAGCGCAGGCAUGUUUGAAGGAAUAGGUGGUCGCUCAGGCGGUGGUGGUUAUGGAGGAGGCAUGAGGGAUCGUGGUUCAAGCUUUGGUGGUCGUUCAGGCGGUGGUGGUGGAGGUUAUGGUGGUGGUGGUGGAGGUUAUGGAGGAGGUGGUGGAGGUUAUGGUGGCAGCGGUGGUCGUUCAGGCGGAUCAAGCAACCGUUAUUCUGGCGGUUCAGACCGUUCUUCUUCUGGUUACGGGGGCUUUGGUUCAGGCGGUUCAGACCGUUCUUCUUCAGGUUUUGGAGGAUUUGGUUCAGACCGUUCUUCACAGUCAAGUGGAAGGAGCAGUUUUGGUGGGUUUGGAUUAAAAGAUCCCAACAAAUCUUACUGA